AUGCAGGCCUGUCUGAGUUGUCGUGGCAAAAAGAUCAGAUGUUUAGGAGAGCUGCCUGAGUGUUCAAACUGCCUCAAAAAGGGUCUCGCGUGUACGUACCCGGAGCCCAGGAGGAAAGUCCCAACCGCCGGGUCAAAUCAUGGCGGCGACAGUUACACCACGCUGUCCACAGAUCAGGAGGGCCAGUCCGACUUGGAAGUCACUGGCUCAACCGGGGAGGCUGCCCUCGACGACGAAACCUUGACUGAGCUCGUCGAGGAUUAUUUCCGGCACCUGUCUCCUCUGCCAUCGUAUGCCUUCUUGCACAAGGCAACCGUCGUGCAGCGGUGUCAGGAUAGAACCAUCGAUACUCCCCUGAAGCUUUCCAUUUGUGCCAUCACAUCAUUACUCCUGCGGCGCACCAACUUAUGUCAUGACAUCUGGAUCCAACAGGCCGAGCAAUCUAUACUUCAGCAUAUCGGACAACCGUCAAUAUUCCGACUGCAAGCUCUGUUGCUCAUAGUAAGGUAUCGAAUAGAGAGUGGCGAUUUUCCUACGUCCUUUAUGCUUGCUGCACUGGCAGCCAGAUCAGCUCUUGGUCUACGCUUGAACUUUGAGAGGUCGGAGCUGCCUCCACUGGCCCAAGAAGCCCGCCGACGUCUAUUCUGGUCACUCUUCCUCCUCGACGACUUCUUCUGCGUCGGCCUCCGGGAGUUUGAGCUGUGUCCACAGGAAACGAUACAUCUUCAGCUCCCAUGCAGUGAGGAACUGUUCGAAGCGGGACAGCAGUGCCGAACCGGCACACUAAGACAAGAUCCUCUGGAAGUCCCAGCGACUAUCGGUUUGCGUGGGAUCUUCUUGCGACUCGUAUCGUUAAGGAGAGAGGUCAUGCGAUUCAUUCGCCAGGUAGGCCUACAAGAACUACAGCCCGCCUCGAUAGGUGCAUCUAUUCAACGUUUCGAGCAACAACUGAAAUGCUUGCACGCAGGACUUAGCCAGCCAGAGCAAUACUCUGUUUUCAAUCUGGUCCACUGCAAGCUGCAAGCGCAAUUCAUGAUGCUGCACCUGUCGUGGAACCAGUGCUUUUGUGAUAUGUAUAGGCAGUUCCUCAGUGGCUAUAGCGAAGCCGCUCCGUCGCCUGUGCUCGCUGGUGUUCCCCUUGCGAACAGACAAAUGAUGCAGCAGCGCUGCCUUGAGCACGCAGAGAACAACAUUCAGAUUGUGACGGAUUUCUGGAAUAACUGCGGUCGCUCUUCAAUUUUGGAACGUGACAUCGCCGUUUGUGCUUUCGAGGCUGCUCGUAUAGUUCUGUUCCUUGCGAGCGUGUCGUCCAAUCGGCCACUGAUGGACACUGCAAUCAGAAAGGCACGGCUGUGUCUUGAUUUCGUUACACACUUCUUCAAUCAUUCCGCUGCUACGAAGGCUUUGCGGAACAAGUUGGAGAGAAUCAUCGGUGGAUACACGGAUCGUCUGGCUUUGCAGCACAAGGCGACUUUUAGGGAACCUGACCCCCCGGAGAUGCGCCCACCAGCAAGACUGUCACAAUAUGCCACUUCGCGACAAAGGCUAUCCGUACAAAGCCUCCUCCUGCAGUCUGAUUUCGUAGACGACAGCGACCAGAUUGCCGUGCCCGUCCCGACUCCAACAUUCAGCAACCCCACUGGAGAUGUUCCUGCGCUUGACGAUCGUAUGUCGCUUGAUGGCGUUACUGAAGAGACUACGACACCACAUGGUCUUGAGGGCUUUGACGACAAUGGAGCCGAACUUAACCCCUGGAUGGGGUUCCCAGGAAAAGACGAUGUAUACGGUAUAUCGGGUUUGUCAGGAGGUCUCGAUCAAGAGUAUUAG